GGUGUGUGGAUGUCAUUGGCUUGAUCUCUUGCAGUUAUGACAAUUACUUUCAACUUUAGACCAAAAGAAAUGAAUUAUUUUGCAUGAUUACGCCGGUGUGAAUUUAACACUAUCAAUUGAUAACGUUGUUGUCUGUGACAAUAUCACGUGAGAAAAGUGUGCCAUUAUCAACACCUAUGGUGCCAUAAUCUGCAUCUGCCGGUUUGGGGAAGUCAAUUUUACGUCAAAGAUGGGUACCAGCAAUCUUCCUACUACCUCACAGAAUGACCUUGAUGAGCGCAAUCAUAUUCAGCUGCACGAUUCGCUGUCACCUUCUUUGUUGGCGUCUGUUGGGCCCGCAUGUUUGAACAUGAGAACUGCUCCUCAUGAUGCGGGAUCUUAUAACACAUCCAGAGACAAGAUAAAACAAAAUGUUUUGUCUGAUGAAUCGUCUCAAAAUGGCUUGAAAAUUACAAGAAGGCUUGGACAGAGCUGCUCCAGUGAUGAAACGACGGAAAGUAGAACCGUUAUUUCGAUGAAAAUGACGAAUGAGCCUGCGGAAAUGAAAGGCCAAAGUUUCGAAUCGGCAGAUGAUAUGGAGCCUAGUGAUAAAAAUGUUCAGUCAUUUAGAAAUGGUGAUUCAGAUUUGCACUCGAACACUGAAGAUUCCUAUAAAGAAAUCAUAGUUACUCACCGUAGCUCAGCUCGUGAAGAACAUCACACACAUGCCCGGGGUGCUAUCAGUUUACAUAAAAAUAGAAUCCAAUCGACGAAUUCUGCGUUCUCUGCAGAAAAUAUUGUCCAUAACGUCAGUCCUUUAUCAGCUUCAACGAGGAAUAUUCCCGCUAUUUUUUCAUCUUCUAGCAAUUUAUCUCUUAAUCACAACGACCUUCCCAAUUCUCGAGCUCUGUUUUCUCGUUCCCGAGUGUCCACCUCUUCGCCUAACUUGACCACAGGCCGUGGCUCAGUCAACCCAGUUUCCCCGCCAAAUAUUUGCUCGGGACCGCCUUCCUCCACCAGCCCCACACUGCGGUCAGACGCUCCAGCGUCACGAGGCUCCAAGGGUUUUUCUCGGGUAGUGCCCAGCCUACAGGAGACCCUACUGGUCCAGCUGGUGCACAACCUGGGACGGGCUGUGUGGAAGUGGCGCGAUGACAACCCUAAGGCGACCCGGACAUUCAUCACGCGGUAUAGGAGCGCCGUGCCUGCCCACAUCAGGCGAAUGAUGCUGGAGCGAGUGCUGCGCGAGUACCGCGUGUGGCACACGGUGUCACUGCGGCUGCUGCAGCUGCUGCUCAGCGACGACUGCUGCUCGGGGGUGAGGGUGCAGCAAGUGAGGGUGUUCUUCAGGGACCAGUUCAUAUCCUGCCUCACUCCCCUCACACGCCUCACCGUACUCAGGAUAGAGGAUUCAUCGUGGCGGCUGCAGAACGUCCAGGAGUCGGAGCUGUGUCAGGCGCUGUCCCGCCUGCAGCAGCUGCAGGUGCUGUCGCUGCACUACCUCGCUACUGACGUCGUGCUCGCCACCACCGUCGAGAACUGCCAUGCACUUCGGGUGCUGGAUUUAUUCUUCUGUAGUGGCGUGACCGACCGCGGGGCGCAAUGGUUGCUAGGUCGUCCUGAUCCCGCGUUCCGCCAUGGACCGCAACUGCAGCCCAGACUGCGGAAGAAGAAGUGGUACGCUGCCGCCCUGCGCUGUAUCUCCACGCCGCUCCGUAGAAAGAGGAAAAAAGUCUCGAUUCAGCAGGACGUCAUUUACGACACUUACUGCACCAGAACAAUCCAAAGCUCGGUACCCUGCGAGGCAUCGGUUGGCAGAGGAAGAUCUCCGUAUCCGCAUUUCUCGUACGGGGAAGCGCCGGCGUUUGAUCUGUACUCAUGCAGCUCUGAUUGUGAUGACGCGAAAUUUGUGAUUGAAAAUACAUCGAAGAUUGUUUUGGCUAAUCUUACCUACUUGGAUCUCCGAGGAACCAGCGUACCGAUUUCAACGGUGGAAGCGAUAAGGAAAUUUAAGCCUAAAGUUAGAAUUUUAUCUCUCAAGGAGAGCUUGAAGUAAUAGUACAGAUUUUUCCCUUCAAUGUUCGCUCGACGGAGAUGUGUUUUUUUAAUAAAUGACGCCUUCUUAGUUGCAGCGCACUUUACCAAAUGAAAUUGGAUAUACCAGAUUAGGAAAAACGUUAUCGAGUCGACCACGCCACACGAUGGUUAUAAAUUGUUGAUGCAUAAGUUUGUAAUAUGUACGAUCAUGUUUUAUGAUGGUUAAUGUAAAAUGUUAUUAUGUGAUUCAACAAGUCACGUCAGCCUGGUCGGUUUUGCUGAACAAGCUAAAAGUCAGAAUUCAUUUGAAGGAUUUUCUGUUCUAAAGUAAUAUUUCAAAUGAAUGCAAGUCACCUCGCUUCAUCAUUGUAUGCUAGCAUUUUACUGAUUACUUAUUAGUCUAAGUUUAUAUUAUCGUCUUUUUACUGUGAUGUUGUUUGGGUCUAUCGCUCCUGAAGAAUCCCUUCUAAUUGACAUUCCCAAUCACCGAUCAUAGGAAGUUUCCUUGUCUCUGGAGGUGGGUUCCUCUUCGAAUAAUGUUUCCUCUAGUUUUGCUGUUGACUAUAUUUGAUUAUUUCAUAAAAUUUGAGUUUACAUGGGAAUCGUGUUAAAUUUCAAGGCAUGGAGUGAUUUUCAUAAAAUUAGACUAUUUAGGUAGUCGUAUGAAAUUUGAACUUUACGGGCAAUUACAUGAAAUUAGGAUUUGCCUACAAUUUGAAGGUAUUGGGAAAUCGCAUGGAAUUUGAUGUUAUUGGGUAACGUGUAAAUUUUAACUUAUAGCAAGGGUAAAACUGUGAUCGUAAAUUGUAUAGGCGUUAAUGACCCUGUUAGAAAUAAUACGGUUAUGCUUAUUAUUAUGGUUAAGUCAGAGUGAUUGUUGGGAAUUUAUUGAAAUCGUUUAAACCGUUGAACAGAUGGCUAAUUUGCGAAAAACAUGGAUGAGUAGUAAAGUAAUUUAUAAAUAACUGUUGAAUUUGAUGCGUAUUUUAUGAACUGUUGAAAAUUUCAGUCGGUACAUAGAACAUGUUAGAACUGCCAGUAAAUAAGAAGUUAUAGUAUAUGUUGAAUAUAUGUGCUCACCUUGCAGACACCAGUACGGCCAGUCUGUAUACACAUGAUAUAUUAAUAUCAAGUAGUUCAACGUUGUGUUCUACCAAUAAUUAAUUGUUUAAUUAGUUAAUUAAUGAAGCCAUGAAACAAUGUUAAGGAAUCAAGGAAAUUUACAUUUUGACAAAAUUGCUUCCGAAAUUCAUAAAACGUAUUAUAUAUUAUUUGGUCUCCAAGAAGUUUACAAAUUUGCGUACUUUAUUUAAUUCGAACUCAUACGUUAUUUUUAUUUAAUUAUUUGGUUAUGCAGUUACGUGAUUAUUGUCACAAAAACAUUAUAAUGAACCACACUUUGAAUAAUUGCAUUGACUAUAUACAGUAUGUCAAUGAUUGCUGCAUUAUUAACUAACCGCUAAUUUUUUACAUGUUUUUGCAUUAUUAAUUGAAAUAUUUAUUGCAAAUGUCCAUUUUUGGACAGAUUGGCGCUCGUUCUUAAUGGCAUUUCAUCGAAUAAAUCUACAUAAUAAUUAUUGGACGAUUGUUAAGCAGUCGCGUCACCAGACAAUAACAUGUUAGGUUAAUUAUGAGUGCAUUUUAUACUUGAUUGGGUGUACUUCUGUGAAAUAAACAUUCCAGUUCAUUUUCGACCAAUAUAAAAAUUUUAUCGGUUUAACCUCAUGUAAAUUUCAUUUACGUUUCAGGCGCCAUAAAUCACCAAUUUCAUACCAAUAGCAGAAUACGUCCAAGCCCGGUCCAAUGCUUUGACUAGCGCGGUUAUCAGUAUUAGAUUAGUAUUAAUAUCCUGCCAUUUCUAGAGAGGUUCAAAAUUAUAGUACUAGCUGAUGCCGUCCUAUUUCGCAAGAAAAUAUUAGCUCGCAAAUUACUAUCAGGAUUGUGAAUUUUCAAAGAAAAAUUCUAUGUGCGCAAUUUCAUAGCAUUUGCAUUGCAACGCCUAUGGCAUAUGCAACGUACUCCAGCUGUUAAUGAGGUUGCGUGAGAGACAGCGGUUUUUUCCUGACAAAUCAAAUUGAUUUAAAACCUUUAGUAUUGGGAAUCAAGAAUGGUAGGAUUAUUUAAAAUAACAUUCAAUAAAGUUUUGAAGGAUAAGGCAUCUGUUCCUGCAUGUCUUUUGUAUUGCGCAGUGUCAUUCACCCUGGUCUCCCUGCUCUUAUACAGCAUAGUUUUGGUGGAUAUUUUUUGUGAAUUUGAAUGUUUUUGGUUUCACCCAAGCCUGGAGCGGUCUUUAACUCAAGAAUAUGUCUACGAAUAACUACUUUGUACGAUAAUGCACUGAAAUUUCUGUAGUCGUGCUUAAAAAUUAAAUGUUUUGCAGAAUAUAUUAUUUACAUAAUU